CAGACAUGAUCUGACCUUUGUGCAACAUGAACCUAGCAACCCAUCAUGUGAAAAAGCUUAUAUUUAAUCAUUGUAGGAAGGAAAGAACUUCCGAAGGCAGUUGUAUUACUUUCAUGAUGGCACCAAGAAAGUGAUUAACACAAAGUCGGUGACGGUAGUAGAAGAAGCGAUCAGAGAACUAUGUUUGGAGAUGAACCUUCGCAGUACAGUGGAGCAGCAGGAAUUCUCUCUUUAUUACGUCAUCGAAGCAGGCAUGGUUCUGUUGUUUGUGUUUGUCGCAUUCUUAUUCGAGAUAUACUGUACAGAAAACGUAAAGAAGAUGCUGUCCAAUGAUGAAUACGUGCUCGAUGUCACGACAGCUCUGGAGAACAUGAAGAAUGAAUAUAUACUGCUGCUGGACCGUAGUGUGUGGAUUCACCCUUUGCGGUGGGACAACGACUUGUACGUCGACGUUAUGUUUGCUCAGGUAGAAGCGGAUUACUUGGAAGGUCUGCUGGUGACCAUGCGGACGCCGGACUCUGUCAGCGUAUCAGUCAUGGAUGACAUAGUGACAUUAGGAGCGCUGAUCGUCAAGUCGAGGGAAGACUGGGACCGACAACACGUCUCGCCUCAAAUGGUCGCCAAUGUGCUGCCUCGCAUCGUUCAAAAUAUACGGCAUACCAGUCUUCAACUUUGGGCGGACCGCAUCAACCAGAAGCUGCACCAAAGCAUCGAAGACACGACGCCACAAGCAGCUAGGUCGAAGUUCUUAGAAGUUAUACAAAGCUGGCCUUUGUUCGGUUCAAAAUUUUACUACAUUGCUGUAAGGGUUUUGUUUGUCGGCACGUUGCCCGUGUGGUAUGACGUUUGGUUUAAUUUGCAGCAUGUAUAUAACCCAGCUGUGGUCGGCCCCUGCCUCUUGGCCGUCAACAAGCGAGGAAUCCACUUUCUGUCGCUGCUGACUCACGAAGAUCUGCUGUCGUUCAGACUGAACGAAAUUCUUCAGACUACUAAAACGUCUGAAGGAGAUCCCACAAUUCCAGCGGGGCUCUUACAGCUCAAAGUUGGAAACCUGCUGCAACAACAUACCAUUGCACUCGAAACAAACGAAGGCACCGAGAUUGCUCGCAUCAUUGGCCAGUACAUCUACGUCGACGGUCAGGACAAGGGAAUCAUAUACACGUAG